AACUUAAGGAAUGGAAUGAUAUAUGCGUGUUCCAAUGCUAUUGCUAAUUGCCUAACCACGACCAGUAACCACUCCUUUCCAUACUUCGCUAGCAGCUAGAGUGGCUUCAAUUCAUGCCCUGCACGUCGGUCGGUCUACUCUACACUGAUGAUGAUAUGAUAGAUGCCUGCUACGUACAGUACCACUCGUCUACUGGUAGGGCGCGAACCACUACUUCCGAUCCACCCCGUCCGUUCCUGGAGCACGCAUCGCAGCUCGCCUUGCGCCUGUAUAAAUAUAGUAUGUAGCAGGGAGAGGGAGGGUACGGUGUAGGCUGUAGCUGUAGCCGUGUAAUAAGGUCCUUCCGGCCUCCUCCGCAUUCCUAAUUGCAGCGCGCGGCAUUGGCACAGUAGAUGAACUAGAGUUCGUUCGCGUCCCUGCUGGAGUGCUGGGCACCGGCGGGACAACGACGAUGGGCAGGAGGCUGCCAGCGGCGGCGGCGCUGUGCGGUAGCGCCCGGGCGGCGGCGACGCGGGUGAGGAAGAAGCGGGUGCAGCGGCGGGCGCCGCCGUCGUCGUCCUCCAAGCUCCCUGCGGCACCGCCCAGCGGCGGCGGCAAGGCCGGGAGCGCAGGAGGAGGCGCGUGCUACGUCAACGGCAACGGCAACGGCGAGCUGAUGGUGGAGGUCGUCGUCGGCAGCGGAAAGGGCGGCGGCGGUGGGCGGCGGGUCAUGGUGCUGGCCGACGGCCGCGCCGAGGCCGCCGGCGCGCUCCAGUGGGCGCUGUCGCAGGCCGUCCGGAGCGACGACACCGUCGUCCUCCUCGCCGUCGCCAAGCCGCCGGUCGCCCGAGACGCCGUCAGUGAUUCCUGUGUCAGGAUGCUGGGGACCAAGAGCCAGCAACACCUCGCCGCCCUCAGGACCGUCUGUGAAUCAACAAGGCCAGAGGUGAAGGUGGAGACGUGCGCCGUGGAGGCGGAGGAGCGGGCGGCGGCGGUGGUGGAGGCGGCGAGGCGGCACGGCGCGUCACUGCUCGUGCUGGGCCAGCGCCCGCGGCGGCACGCCGUGGCGCGCUGGCUGCAGGCGCUGUGGCGUUGCCGGCGCAGGGCUGGCGGCGGCGUGGUGGAGCACUGCAUCGAGCACGCGCCGUGCGUGGCGCUGGCCGUGCGCCGCAGGAGCUCCGGCGGCUACCUCGUCUCCAGCAAGCAUCGCAGGGACUUCUGGCUCCUCGCGUAGCAGUCCCACGCUGGUUAUCUUCGAUCAGUGUCCCCUCCUCUAUCUCUCUCCCUCAUUUUUGUCCACCAGUUCGAAACUAUUGUCUGCUGUAAGUUAAUCACAGCGAGUUUGCCUCUGCUGCUGCAAAGCUAGCUAUAUGAAUCCAAACGGUGAGCAAUCAAAACUUCAGCUUGUUUCAGAAAACUGUUCGGUGUGGAAGAAGAUGGCCAAAUAUACGAUUCUUUGCGCGAAGCUAGAAUGACAACUGAUACGAAACACCCUUGUCAAAUUAAUUAUGUAUUACUUUUAUGACAGACUGUUUUUCGAUAUUAUUAGGACUUCUUUUUGUGAAGUUUACUCAGUUUAUUUUGAAUUAUGUAAAGCGAUUUAA